GGUGCGGACUCGGUGAAGGGCCAGUCGAUGACAGAUAUCCUCGCCAUGCUGUCCAACAACCGCUUCAGCGAUGCGCAGUCGCAGCUGGGCAGGCAGGCCGACGGCGAUGCAGACAAGCUCGACCACAUUCUGUGCCACCUCGCGGCCGCGAAAGAAGAGAGCUGCCCUGGGACCGUCUCUGCGCCCCGAGUCGAGGAGUCGCUUCGCGGCAGCACGGACCCGCUCGACCAGUUCUGGCAGGGCGUCAAGGACUCGGGCUCGUGGGAGUUCGCUGCUCGUGCAUCGGCUGGCAACGUCGCGGCUUCGAAGUUCGACGCUUACCUCAAGGCCAACCCAGCUCAAAAGACAGAAUACGGUCAAUGCAAGGGCCACGCUGCGAAGAGCAACUUCAGGAUGAAGUGGGCGCAGGCGCAGUACGAGGAGCGCGUCGCCGUGAGGGUGCGCUCGCAGAUCGAGCAGCACAGCAUCAUCAAGCAGGGCUUCUACAGAUCUGCUGGGAGGAUCGCCGUCGAGGAGGGCGGUGGGACCGCAGGGGUUCGCAACGCGACGAACUACUGCAUCCGUUGCCUCGACAUGGGCUACCCGUUCGUCAAGUUUGACGGUGAGUUCACUCAGUCGGCCCGCUUCUUAUACGUCGAAGAUGGCUUCCGCGAGGAGUUCACUAACCUCUGGGCGAAGCACGUCACUGACAAGACUACCACGAAGCUGGAUCGCCCAGGCGGCGCCGCCGCCCAGCACGCCAUCGGCGCCGCUGUGAUCACCAAGACGCCAGCCGCCGUAGUGCCCACUGGUGUCGCGCAGGCUCCGCCGCGACACGCACGGCGGCUGCAGCUGCACCGACAAGCAGUGCUGGUGCGGCAGCGGGUGCGGCAGCUGCGGCGCCUGGCCCCGCCGAUGCCGCAGGCGCGACGGGUGGCGCCGCUGGGGGAGCGGGUGGCGCCGAUGGGGCAGCGGCUGGAGCUCCAGGAGCUCGACCCCAUGUCGAAGGCUGUCAAGGAGGCCAACACGACCAAGGCCCAGUACAACGCCGCGGUGGGCCAGGCGAACACGCUGUUGAAGGAGGUCGCGACCGCCAAGGAGUGGGAGCGGUUCAACUCGCCUGCGAUGGUGGGGCCCUUGCAGACGGCGCUCACCUCGCUCACUGCGACGUCGAGCAACCCGCAGUUCAAGGACGUGCCGAAGAUGCUGACCCACGACCUGACGAAGUACAAGGCCGAGCUCAUCAAGAAGCAGGGCGAGGAGAGUGCUUUGGCAGCCUUCGUCAACUUCAAGAACCUGCUGUCUCCCCUCAUCUCUGCGUGCAGCGUGGAGGCGGCGGCGCUCUUGGCUUCGAAGGACGGUGCUGACCAGGCGCUGGAGGCUGCGGAGGAGGCCAAGAAGGGGGCCGUCGGCGGCAGAGACAAGAGCGCUUCCAAGCGCAG